UCAUGCAUGUACAUUUCUUAUUUCGAUUUCAAAAGUCGAAGAAAUAGCAAGCUAGCGUGGUGUGCUGCUCUCUCUACAUUUUUUUCAAAGUCCAAACCUAUCCUCGACACAUGCAACAAGAGCUCACGAAGUUGCACAGAUAUCAUACUUUACAAAAUACUUUUCGAACGAGUUGAGACUUUGAGAGUUUAAAAGCAAAGAGGUAACACAUCGAUCAGUUAUGACGCGAAUCACCACUUUUCAAGUUGCAGGAAUCCUAGUGGCAGCACUGAUGUGCUUCUCAGAAGUAUGCUAUGUAGACAGCCAAACUACCGCCGGACCUACAACAAUGAAUGACGUUACAACUGCUGCCCCUGCAACAACCACUGGACCUGCAACAACCACUGGACAUACAACAACCACUGGACCUGCAACAACCACUGGACCUGCAACAACCACUGCAAGCAACAUGACAACCACUGCAAGCAACAUGACAACCACGUUCAGCAACAUGACAACCACUGCAAGCAACAUGACAACCACGUUCAGCAACAUGACAACCGCGGCAAGCAACAUGACAACCACGUUCAGCAACAUGACAACCGUGGCAAGCAACAUGACCACAGAGAAUGGAACGACAAGCAACACCCCGUCAGUGACAUCAGGAGGAACAACACCAGCCCCAGAAGUCCGAUGGAAAGUGAAAGACAAGAACGGCAAACUGUGUAUGCUCAUGGACUUUGGUGGAUCUAUAACUGACCUCAUUAAGGGUGUGACCGUACAGAUACCGUCUGAUGCGUCGACAUCCAGAUCCGACUGCACCUCAUCUUCUUAUUCAAGAUUUGUCUUGGAUUUUAAUACUCCUACCACUGGAUAUGCAAUUGGCAUGAACUUCACCACUAGAGGGGGCUCGUUCAAGCUUGAUAGAAUAUCUGCGGGCAUGGCAUCCGCUGGAACGUCUUAUUCCUCUUCCGAGACUGGAGACUUCUUUGAUGUGCCUCUUGGCGACUAUUACACCUGUAGUCACUUCAACUACACUCUUGGCUUAUUUCAGCUCAACUUCACCAACCCUUUGCUCCAGCCUUUCGUCCAGAAAACCGAAGGAGGGGACAAUAUUGGACAACCAUAUGAUUGUCGAACUGAACACAGUGAGAGUCACAUCGGUAUCAUCGUCGGGGUCGUCAUCGCAGUCAUCACGCUCAUAGCGGUCAUCGUAGUGACGUACUGCGAGGUGAAACGGCGAAGAAACCCGUCUACUCCUCCCUAUGUUCGGACUAAGUCAGAGAGUGCAUGAUGAAUCAUUGACCCCACGUUUCAGACUACAAUAGUUCAUCGUAUGUACGAUAAUCGUGUAGCUGUACGAUUAGUAAUUAACUUUUUCUAGUCUUUAAAGGGAAUAAAAGUGUUGGUAUAGGGCCAUGAAUUUGGUUCAAGUGACAUAUUGGAAGCAUAUGCGAUCCUUCAAUAUAAAGUGAUCGUUGUCGCCGUUGAAAUCGAGUCUAAAGUUAUGAAAUUGCAAAUAAUAAACUCUUUA